AGCGUUCCGGAUCUUUGGAUAUUAUACUGGGCAGCCUCUACUCGGUGCUAAAGUUGUAGCUUCCAUGCUGAUGUUUGCAACAGUAUCUGGUAUUCUCAUGGCACUUUUCCUGAACACAGCCGGUGGUGCCUGGGACAAUGCAAAGAAGUACAUUGAGACAGGGGUUCUCGGAGGCAAAGGAAGUGACAGCCAUAAGGCUGCUAUUACAGGAGAUACUGUGGGUGACCCGUUCAAAGACACAGCUGGACCUUCGCUUCAUGUUCUCAUUAAGAUGCUCGCAACAAUAACGCUGGUUAUGGCUCCUGUCUUCCUCUGAGUGUUGUUUAUAACAAUUGCGGUUGUGCCAGUUUACUGCACCCCCUUUCCUUCAUCUUGAAUACUUAGCGGCAAAAAUACAGAUAGGAUUUUUUUGGAUGUAUAUUGAGGGUGCCUGAUUCAUAGUUUUACCAAAUUAUCGCUUUUACGAUUGGACCUUGAAUAAUUAAUGUUAAUUGGCUGCUCAUUCUAGUUCAGUGUAGCGUCUAUGACGUAUUAUUCUCUACGACAAUGAUCCCAAUACAUAAUUCAUCCUCUGUUUCGAGGCUCUCUCUUUUC